UCCAGCGAACAUUGUUGCUGCUGGUGUCUCGGGGUUCAGUUGCAUGAGGACAUAGCAAGUGUAUACAAGUAGUGAUACCUUGAGUGUGUUCAUGUUGCAUGAAGCAACCGUGUAGUUAUUACCCCACAUUAUGUGCCCCGCAACCCCCACGGUGUAAGCGGCGCUUGAAAGUCAAGCCGAAUCGGCCCGUUGUGUUUUUUUCGUAAAUCUGUCAUUUCGGCCCCUUCGGAAGACGAGUUCCAAUCGAGCAGCCUCAGGUAGUGAAAAGCAGUUGACUUUUGAGUAAUUUCUGUUUUGUCAAAAAUCGGAAUUUUGUGAAGUUUUUGGGAAAAUGUUGGGAUUUAGCACUUCACGUGACGGCCUCUUGCAGCUGUCGGAAGAACAGCUGGCUUCGGUGGUGCAUAAGGAGUCGAUUUUGGAUGUGUACGAAGUGGACAAGACGCCACUUGGAAGGGGCAAAUACGCGACCGUGUGUCGCGCCGUCCACAAGAAAUCCGGCGUCCAGUACGCCGCCAAGUUCGUGAAAAAGCGGCGCCGCAACCAGGACCAGAUGAAGGAGAUCAUCCACGAGAUCGCGGUGCUGAUGCAGUGCUCGUCGACGGAUAGAGUGAUACGUCUGCACGAGGUGUACGAAUCCGCGACGGAGAUGGUGUUGGUCCUGGAGCUGGCCGCCGGCGGCGAACUACAGCACAUCCUCGACGACGGACAGUGCCUGGGGGAGGCCGAGGCGCGGAAAGCCAUGAAACAGAUCCUGGACGGCGUGGCGUUCCUCCACGAGAAGAACAUUGUACAUUUGGAUUUGAAGCCGCAGAAUCUGCUCCUGUCGGUGGAGGAUAACUGUGAUGACAUCAAGCUCUGUGAUUUCGGGAUUUCGAAGGUGUUGGAACCCGGCGUCAAAGUACGAGAAAUUAUAGGUACUGUAGACUAUGUAGCACCAGAAGUACUCAGUUACGAACCAAUAUGUUUGUCGACGGACAUAUGGUCCAUCGGGGUACUGGGGUACGUCCUUCUGUCAGGGUACACACCGUUCGGAGCAGACGAUAAGCAACAAACCUUCCUCAAUAUAUCAAAAUGUGCCUUAUCCUUCGAACCCGACCACUUCGAAGACGUGUCAAAUGUAGCGAUAGACUUCAUCAAAAGUGCCCUAGUGACGGACCCGAGAAAGCGUCCCUCCGUACAAGACCUCCUCGACCACCCCUGGAUCUCGCUCAAGUGCGGCCCCGCGCCGCCGCUCCCGCUGAAACCCUCGGAGUCCGUCCCUGCGAAGUCGUGCGGCCCGAAUCGAAGCAUGACGUGCAUAUCCGAAACGCCGAAAACGCAACGUAAAACAUUUUGCUCAGACACUAUAACAGGAAGUUUUACAGAAUCGACAGUCCGUACGUACACAGUAUCGACUAACUGCCUAUGUCCGCAAUGUGGAACAGCUUGUCGUCACCUGACGCACACACCAGUGCCCAAACCCGCUAUCACGGUUGAUAGAGGCAUUCUAUGUUAGCCAAAGUUGUUUGUAAUUGUGCGAAGUGGACCCGAGAAAGUUACGAAACAAGCAGUUGUUUUAAUGUGCUUGGGUCAUGUACAUUUCUAGUUUUAAGUUAUAAUUUAUGUUUUAUUUGCUUUUUUUGUUUAUGGUAUAAUAAAGUAUUCUUUUUUGUUGUGUA